CUCAAGAAUUUGAGUUUAAAUCUGUUGGAGAAGAACCAAGAGAUCGAAGGAAUGAAAAUACAAUUCAAUUCCAUUAAAGCGAGAUAUGAUACCGAAAUGCAGAGUUUGAGACAACAAAUGGAAAGCUAUAAAAGUGAUGAACAGAUCCUUAACAAUGAAUUGAAUGAAUUGAGAAAAGUUAAGUUCAAUUUUCAGUCGCGUUUGACUGAAUUGAGAGUCGCUCUCAAGAAUAGUUGCGAACAAAACCAGAAACUCAGGCAACAGUUGACUGCCUGUCAGGUGAUUUAUCAGGAGUCCGAUAUCAAUGAGGAACUUGUGGCCAAACUUUUAGACCAAAGCGUUGACACCACUAACGAAGCGAAACCUUUAGUGAAUCUUCAGGCGUGUGUGGACUCAUUGAAACAAGAGAUGGAAUUAUUGCAAAAACAAAUCUCCGAUAAUUAGCCCAAUAUUGUGCACAAAAGUGGAUGCAUUGAAAUCACAUCAUUUUAAGCCUUAAUUUAUAAAUCCAUUGUUAAACUGACGAAAAGUAUAGCUUUCAGUGCCU